GAACAGGAAAGGGUGGGAACUGCAUUCUUCUGCAAAACAGUUUACUUUUAACAUGUGUGAUUAGAAUGUCUUUUUAAGUCUGGCAUGUUUUCAAGUUUUCUUCAAACAGUUUCUUAAAUAUUUUAAUGAGUCCAGUUUCCUUGGCUUUCUUACCAGAUGUCAUACAGUGAUUCUACAACUUACGUCAGGACAGGAAGUUUCAAAAGGACAGAUGUUAUAUGUCACUUUACACAGCUGUGGAAUUUAUUUGGAUGUAAAAUUUGAGUUAACGUGUAGCCAUGACCUCAUCAUUGUCUUAUGAAGCAGCAGAGAAAAACCAGAGGGAGAGAGACAGAAAAGAGGAGGAGUCUGGACAUGUUACCUCAUUUAUUAGACUUAAGAACAGAUUUAUUGUCCAGAGAAGAAUCGCUGGAUCUACAAGCUGAAACGACACAUAAGGCUGACAGCGGGGAGAAUUUCCAUCAGUGUAUCUUCAUCUGCUCUAACAACAUGUCUCAACCGGGUCAGGAAGAAAAUGAACAAAUGCAGCGUCCUGAGGUGAGAGAAGAGGACCUGAUUGGAGCAAAGAAUAAACUGGGUUUAACUGGGCCAGUGAAGAGCAAGACAUUUGAAGUAAUGGAGGAGUGUGAGAAAAUGGGUAAAACUGCUCCGUCUGUGUUCAGUGGCGUGAGGUCAGGAGGGGAGACUGUUUUCAACUCACGCUCAGCUCGACCAAUCAGGAAGUAGCAGAUGACGUACCAGUACAAUCAUCAAACAACACCUGCUCCAUGUUAAGGGUUUGGAUCAUCUGUUCUCCUCCAUCACUAAAGCCUCAUUUUUCAUUUAACACUUUUUUUUUUCUUAUGGCAUGGUUUUGCACUGAAAUGAAAUGACUCUUAGUACACAACACAGCUAUGUACUUCUAUUUGCACAUACUGUCUUUUUAUGCCUAUUUUUGAAGCUGUAGACAUUAAACUAAGCAGCAAAAUAGUUUCUAAAAAGUUGUAUUUUUGCAUCAGUGCGGUAAACAGUAAAACAAAUGAGCUCAAUAGACACUGAUGAUACAUUUAGUGUAAAAAUGAAAACCACUGCGGCCUUGACUUUUUCUCUGUGAAAGAAACCAAGUUAUUUUCAGGAAAAUGUGUCAUAGAUAUGUUACAUCAACAUACUCAGAGAUGUCAUACAGAGUUAACAAAAUAACAUUACAAAUAUGAAAGUUAAUUUUCUUUUCAUU